CUCACCAAAGCCAUUAUGGUCAUGCAACAGUUUGGAGGGCUUGAAGCCACGGGGAUUCUAGAUGAAGCCACCUUCAAACUGAUGAAGACACCACGUUGCUCUUUGCCGGAUCUUGGGGAAUCAAAGACGAGGAAGAAGCGGUAUACCCAAGGGGCUGCCAAAUGGAACAAAAGGAAUUUAUCCUGGAGGGUUCGGACAUUCCCCAAAGAAUCCCACCUGGGCCACGACACGGUUCGCGCCCUGAUGUACUACGCCUUGAAGGUGUGGAGUGACAUCACACCCCUGAAUUUCCAUGAAGUGGCCGGCAACAAUGCGGACAUCCAGAUUGACUUCUCCAAAACCGAUCACAAUGAUGACUACCCCUUUGAUGGCCCUGGGGGCACGGUAGCCCAUGCGUUCUUCCCAGGAGAACAUCAUACUGCUGGAGACACUCACUUUGAUGACGAUGAAUAUUGGACCUUCCGGUCAUCAGAUACCGACGGGAUGGAUCUGUUCGCUGUGGCAGUCCACGAAUUUGGCCACGCCAUCGGCUUAACCCACAUCUCUGCCACCGAAUCAAUCAUGAGGCCGUACUACCAGGGACCUGUUGGAGACCCCUUGAAAUAUGAUUUGCCGUAUGAAGACAAAGUGCGGAUUUGGCAGUUGUACGGAGUCAGAGAAUCUGUGUCUCCGACGGCCAAGCCUGAAAUAUCGAACGCAGGUGACCAUCCCGUCCUCCCAGAUUUCCCUGAGAAUCGCUCCACUGUCCCGUUUAGAAGAGACGUGCCAAAUAGAUGCAGCACCCACUUCGAUGCCGUGGCUCAAAUCCGGGGAGAGGUUUUCUUUUUCAAAGGCAAGUAUUUUUGGAGACUUACUCGCAACAAGAAUUUGGUGUCCCUUCAGCCAGCUCAGAUUCAUCGUUUCUGGAAGGGAUUGCCUCUUAACUUGGACAGUGUGGACGCGGUAUAUGAGAGGACCCAUGACCACAAGAUAGUCUUCUUCAAAGGAGACCGCUAUUGGGUGUUCAAAGACAACAAUGUUGAAGAAGGCUACCCUCGGCCCAUCUCGGAUUUUGGCUUGCCCCUAGGAGGCAUCGACGCAGCCUUCUCCUGGGCUCAGAACGACAGGACCUAUUUCUUCAAAGACCAUCUCUACUGGUGUUACGAUGACCACCAGCAGAGAAUGGAGGCCGGCUAUCCUUUAGAAAGCACGCUGUGGAAAGGCAUUCCCAGCCAGCUGGACGAUGCCACGCACUGGUCAGAUGGGGCCACCUACUUUUUCAAGGGCAAGGAGUAUUGGAAAGUUACGGACAGCAACCUGGAGUCUGAAUCAGGCUAUCCCCGCUCGAUCGCGAAAGACUGGCUGGUGUGCAGCGACAUGCAGGCCGAUGCGCCCGAGCCAGCCGAGCGCUCCAGGACCGGGGGCCGCUCCAAGCAGGGAUACCAUGACGAAAGCCGAUCGGAAAGCGAAGUCUGCUCUUGCACCUCCUCUUCCUCCGACCUCCCACCCUGCACCUCCCUCAGACUCUGCGGCGGCUUGCUCUUGCUCACUCUUUGGACAGCGGUAUUGGUGCACGGACCUCUAUGACCCAAGGGUGUCGC